AUGAUGGACAAACCAGAAUUUGGGGCAAUCGGCUCCCGGCAUGAGGAGUUGAUUUUCGAAUUCAUGAGGCGCCAGGCUGGCUGGUUCUUGGAGAAGCCGGACUUCAAAGCAGCACAGUGUUCAGAUGCCUUGCACAGUGAGCUGGCUCCGAACAAAGAGGAACCUAGCACUUUUACCUGGGCAGUGGAUAACUUUGUGGAAAAGUGCCCUCCGAAGGGGAAAACAGGCAACGUUCCUCCCGGAGCGGAAGCCCCCCACAACCCUCGACUCUGCCUGUCGACCGCACCCUGGACCGACCUCACCCCCACUCCCCCGCCCGGCUUCCUCCACCCAGCGGAGGCGGCGGGCCGCGCCGCCCGGGGUCCACCGCCCACCGCACGCCUGCAGCCCUUGCGCACGCCGGCUGCAGCCGUCCGGACGGCGGCGGCGGCGGCGGCGGCGGGAGCGAGCGGCCUGGCUCCUCCCAAGAGCGGGCAGCGCUACCGUGGGCUGUGGGCGCCGCCUCCGCUGCGUCCGUGGCUGCGCGUCCCGCUCGGUUCGGCGCCGCUCGGAUCCGGAACCUGCGCGCCCGGCGCGGCAGCCCUCCUCCUCCUCGGCGUCGCCGGGCGGGCAGCUCCUCCCCGCGGCGAGACGCGCGUUCGAGCCUCCUUCCCCGGCUUACGGAUUCCCGAGGCAGGAGAAUUUUGCCUCGGUCCCUACGAGCAUCUCUCGGCCUCUUCCCCCCCUCCCCGUGGGCGCGCGCGCGCGCGCGCACACUCACACACACACUCACACUCGCCGGCGCGCGUGCGCACGGCCGCGCGCCCGGAGCCGCGGAAUCUCCGGCGCCGCUACUCACACGGGCUUCCAGCCGCCACUGGGCGUCCUCUGUCUGCGGCAGCGGCGGCCGAGGCGGCGGCGGGGAAGGCGGCUGCAGCCCGGCCCGGUCUCAGAGCUCGGCGCCCAGGACAGAGUCCGGGGGAGAAGCGGAGAAGGAGGGCGCGGAGGCGAGGAGGAGCCGCGCCGCGCCCGCCCCUGGUGCCGCGGCCCCAGGUUAUCCGCAGCCAGUAUGAUGCCGUCUUUAUAAUCCCUGGAGGAGAACGUGCUCAUCAUGUUCAGAAGCAUCUGGCAUGUCGAAGCUCCACUGUCUUCCAUGAGACUGCCUUUGUGAACAGCUUCCAUUUAAAAGAGUUUUGUGAAUAAGCGGUUUCAGUCAAGUCCCCAGCGAACACAUUUGUCUUCUUAUCUCUUGGAGCUCUUAAGAAUCCGAUGAUGUCCGCGGGGACCCUGCACUCAGCCAUCAAAGCGCUCCUGCCCCUCAGGAUGCUCGCAAUUCAGUCGUAGGUGCAGGUGGCGUUGAGAGCAUCA